AUGGCAGAAGUUGAUCCAUUUGAUAGUGCCCUCGACCUCCUCCGCCGCCUCGACCCCAAACACACCUCAACACAUCUCAACUCCCUCAUAUCACUCGUUCCCUCCCUCACCGAAGACCUCCUAUCAUCUGUAGAUCAGCCUCUCACUAUCGCUCGCUGCCGCAAAACAGGCCGCGACUACCUACUCUGCGACUACAACCGCGACGGCGAUAGCUACCGCUCGCCUUGGUCUGGCGAGUUUGAAACUCCUGCGGGAGGCAGUGGCCCCGGUGGUGUAGACGACCAGGGUAAUAAUGAAGGUGCUGGGGAGGGUGCUGUGCCGAGCUUGCUGGUGAGGCAGAUGGAGAUUAGAGCCAAUGAGGCAUUUGAUGUUUAUCGGGAGCUUUAUUAUGAGGGUGGUGUCUCGAGCGUUUAUUUCUGGAACUUGGAUGAUGGCUUUGCUGGAGUAGUGUUACUGAAGAAAGUUGCUACGCCAUCAGGGAAGAGUGAGGGGGCCUGGGAUUCAAUCCACGUGUUUGAGGCUGUUGAUCGGGCUCGAACGGCACAUUACAAGCUUACAAGCACGGUGAUUCUACACUUGUCGACGGGCAGUGAUAACUUGGGCGAGAUGGAGCUCAGCGGGAACAUGACACGGCAAAUUGAGAGCGAUCUACCUGUCGAGGAUGAUGCUUCACAUAUUGCUAAUAUCGGCAAGCUGGUGGAGGAUAUGGAGCUGAAGAUGAGAAAUCUGUUGCAGGAGGUUUAUUUUGGGAAAGCCAAAGAUGUAGUUGGUGAUCUGAGGAGUAUUGCACCUUUGACCGAGGCGAAUAAGGAUAAGGCGACGCAUCAAGAGAUGAUCAAUUCAAUGAAGCGGUGA